AGUUGGAAGGUUGAGAUUGGAAGGAAGAUAACAAGAAUUUGAAAUCGCACGCGUCGAGAAGCCAAAAGACAAGAACCGAUUUUAAUUUUCCCGGGAAAAUUGCAACUCCUUAACGUGCUUUGCUUUCAAUUGAAGGCUUAAACAUAAUUUCGAUUCUCAGUUACGCCAUGUUUGCAUAUAGUUUUUCCUUUUUUUUCUCCUUCGUCUGAUUGAUUGCUGUUUUUCAAUUACAGAAUGACGUAGAGCCUUGAGGGAAGAUGCAAAUUUAAAUCCGAUUUUGGAGCAUCGAAAUUCGGAGAUCAAUCAAGAAUAGAAAGAAUGUUGAAAUGGCGAAGAGAAUUCAUGCCAACCGCUACUCACCUCUCCCUCUCUCUCUCUCUGUGAGUCUCUGUUUCUUCCUCCUCCAUUUCCUUGGGUUGCUUUCCGAAUCCUUCUCUGGCUAGUGCUUCUCAUAAGCUUCAUGGAAAAUGAUCGAGAAUCUUCGGCUUCUUCUACAAGGGUGCGGAAUUUGGGUUUCGUAAUGGCUAUUGUUAGGUUUUUGUUUUAUCUUUUAUUGGGGACGAUGUGAUUGUUAUCUGCAGAUUUCAACAUGUAGUAAGACCAGCGAGCGAACGUUACAGCGAUCCAAGAUGUUGGAAGUUUCGAUCAUAGACAAAUUGGAUCAUCGAGACUCUGAGAAUGUGGCUGGAUGCGAUCCGAUUGAGCUUCACACGUCCCGAAGCAACGAAUCGGGCGAUACUGCUAGGAAAAAUCACUCAAAUGAUGAGACAGAUCAAGUUGCGGGGACUCCCAAUUUAGGGAGCAGAAGAACGCGUGGAUUCUCUGACUCUUUCGCUACUCAUGAGUUGAUAUUAUUAGAUUUGGAAAAUGGAGGCAAAGCUGAGUCAUCUCCAAGAGGGGUGCUCGAGGACUGCUCUAGAAGCUUAGAUUCUGAAACUACAACUUCACUGACCAGCACCUCCGACUGGGAUGGUCAUCCUGACUCCAGAAAUGCGAGUCACUGGAGAGGUUUCUUUCGUUUACUGAAGAAAGGUCCUCAAAUUCCUCAAAUGCGAUUUCAGCCCGCAUUUCCUCCUCUUAAGGCUGUUCCAAAACUCACCAGAAGAAAGAGCAAAAGAAUCAGAGAGGAUAUGCUUCCGGUGCUCUCACCAGUGGUGAGCUCUGCCAUAGAGACCGAGUUUUGCUACUUCAGAUCUUCUUGGAAGAAUUUCACACUUUCAGAGCUGAAAGCUGCAAGCAAUAACUUCAGCAAAGAAAACUUGAUUGGCGAGGGUGGUUAUUCUGAAGUUUACAAGGGGCAGUUGGAAGAUGGGCAACUUGUGGCGAUCAAGCGGCUUACAAGAGGUAGCCAAGAAGAGAUGACUGCAGACUUCUUGUCUGAGCUCGGAAUCAUUGUCCAUGUCGAUCAUCCUAAUAUCGCGAAUGUAAUUGGGUAUGGAGUUGAAGGGGGAAUGCACCUUAUACUUCAUUUAUCACCCCAUGGGAGCCUGGCAUCCAUACUUUAUGAGUCAAAGGAGAGACUUGAUUGGACAAUGAGGUACAAUAUUGCUCUAGGAAUUGCUGAAGGCCUCUUGUAUCUUCAUGAAGGCUGUCAAAGAAGAAUAAUCCACAGAGAUAUUAAGGCCUCUAAUAUAUUGCUUAGAGAUGAUUUUGAGCCUCAGAUAUCCGACUUUGGGCUUGCAAAGUGGCUGCCAGAUCAAUGGACUCACCAUACUGUGUCAAAGUUUGAAGGCACAUUCGGAUACCUUCCUCCCGAGUUCUUUAUGCACGGCAUAGUUGAUGAAAAAACUGAUGUCUAUGCCUAUGGAGUACUGAUAUUGGAACUUAUUACCGGACGACGAGCACUGGAUACCUCACAACAAAGCCUUGUGAUGUGGGCUAAACCUCUGCUUUCUAAGCAUGAUCUCAAGGAGCUUGUUGAUUCAUCUCUUUGUGACGCACAUGACACCGAACAAAUGAAACGUAUGAUAUCGAUUGCUUCGAUGUGCAUACAUCAGUAUUCAAUUCAACGGCCAGAAAUGAGUGAGGUGGUCCAGAUUCUGAAAGGAGAUGAAGUUGGUAAGGAGCUUGUAAAACGACAGAAGUCCAAACUUCAGAGGACAUACUCUGAGGAGCUGUUGGAUGCAGAAGAGUAUAAUUCUACCAAGUAUUUAAGUGACAUGGAUCGACAUUUGGAGGUUGUCUUAGGAACCUGUAAUAUUAAUGUUUAGAUUUCUUAUCACCUGACACAGAUACUUUGCUCCCAAAAAAAAAAGGAAAAGAAAGAAAGAAAAAGAAAAGAGAAAACUUCGUAUGAGAUUAUUUGUAUAUGAUAUUUAUGCUGUAUUUUACUCGAUCGUAUGAUCCUCAUGUUUCAAUUUUGUGAAUUGAAGUUUUCUUCGUCUUUUCUACCA